AUGGUUUCUCUCGUCUGGCUCAUCACCGGGAGCUCUACCGGAUUCGGGGCAGAGUUCGUAAAGGCGCUGCUCGCGGCGGGUGACAAGGUCAUCGCCACGGCGCGCAACACCGCGAGCAUCGAGCACUAUCGAAAGGCGGGAGCAACUAUCCUCAAGCUGGACCUGACCUCGAGCCAGGCCGAAUUUGACAAGCUGGCCAAGCAAGCCAUCGGCAUCCAUGGCGGAGUCGACGUCGUUGUGAACAACGCCGGGUACCCUCACUUCGGCACCAUCGAGGACGACACCGUCGAAAACUGGACCAAGGUGUUUCAGACUCAUGUCUUCGGUCCUCUGGGGGUAGCGCGAGCUUUCCUGCCGCACUUCCGGUCCAAGAGAAGCGGGAACUUUGUCUUCAUGGGGUCCAUCGCGGCGUGGGGGGGUCUGCCCGCGGUGGGAGCGUAUUGCAGCUCGAAAGCAGCUCUCCGAGCCGCCGUCGAAAGUCUCGACCUGGAAGCGAAGACUUUCGGAAUCAAGACGCUUCUGGUCGAGCCCGGUUACUUCCGGACCCAGUUCCUCAACGACAAGGCCGUCUUUGUGGACACCAAGUUUGACGACUACAAGCCCCUUGUGGACAACCUGUACCCGCAGGUCAAAGGGGUUCAUCAGAACCAGCCCGGCGACCCCACCAAGGGCGCGGCGCGCAUCGUCGACCUGGUCAGGUCCGGGGCCGCGGGCGAAGAGCUCCCCGCCAGUUUGGCCCUGGGCGACGACGCCCUCGAUACGAUCCGGAAGAAGUGCAACGCCACGUUGGAGUUGCUGGACAAGUGGGCCGACAAGUCGUCCAACACAUCGUUUUGA